AUGGCAGCAUCGUACGAUUACAGUUGUUCCAAUUCUUCUUCAUCCUCGGAUACUGAAUAUUCCAGAGAACAUCUUGAGGAUCUGUCUUACGGAGAUUUGGACACGAUCCCCAACUGCAUCCACCCCAGAGCCAGCGCUUUGCAUUCUCUUCAGUUGGACAACAACAACAUCGCUAGUCUUCCAAGCACCAUCGGACUCUUCAAACGGCUGAUCGUUCUCGAUAUUUCAGCCAACAACAUGACUUCUAUCAGCAACGACAUUUGCCAGCUGCAGAAAUUAAGAACUCUUAUUGCCAAAAACAACAAGCUGACCAGCGACUCUUUCCCCAAAGAUUUUGGAUUGUUGACCUCUUUAGAAGUAAUUAACGUCAGUAGCAAUCAGAUAAAAUCUUUUCCACCUCAGUUCACAGAGCUGGAGAAGCUACAGGUGUUGCAUAUUGGAGGUAACUUGUUGACCGAACUGCCUAGCACAAUAAAAUAUCUGGCAAGGUUGCAAGUCCUGUAUCUGGGGGGAAACAGACUGACAGAAAUCCCUGCGGAUGUUGGCUGUUUGAAUGAGCUGACAUCUCUAGUGCUUUGUGAUAACCGCCUUCAGAGCCUGCCGCCGACUCUCAACAACUUGCACAAGCUUCGUAGUCUCAGUCUUCACAACAACAAACUUUCAACUCUGCCUCCGGAGAUCGUGGCCUUGAACCUCGUGGAGCUAAGUCUCAGGAACAACCCUCUGGUUGAUCGGUUCGUCCAGGAUCUGGUCUACAACCCUCCAUCAUUGUUAGAGCUGGCAGGUAGGGUCAUCAAGAUAGAGAAGGUGCCCUAUGCCAGUGGUGACCUGCCACACAGCCUGGCCCGCUACCUGGACUCGGCACAGAGGUGUGUCAACCCAGAGUGUAAAGGUGUGUAUUUCUCAUCACGUAUCGAACAGGUGAAAUUUGUGGACUUUUGUGGCAAGUACCGGCUGCCGUUGCUGCAGUACCUGUGUUCUCCUCGGUGCACGGUAUCGCCAUCUAUGUGUGUCGGCAGCGAGAGAGUGCUGGAUGAGAAUGAGGCUGGAGCCAGAGAGAGGAUGAGGCGGGUUCUGCUUGGGUGA